AUGGUGCAGGAAGCAAACAUCGCAAGUUGGAUUAUCUGCAGUAUAUGAACUUUGUACGGGCCGUCUCAAAAAAUUCAUUCACUUUAGCGGCACUGCCUUCAACAUCAGAUGCGGGCCAUCAUCAUUCAUUGCAUACUCUAUUAGAGCAUGGAUGGCGAAGAACAACUACACGACUGGACGCAGUACGGAUGGCAAAGGAAUCACCUCCUGAUGUUUUACUUAAGAACAUCUCGUGCAUAUGCAAGAAAGGUUGUAGAUUUGCUUGUGUUUGUCGUAAAAUAGGAUAUAAAUGUUCGAUUCUGUGUUUACACAGUGCUGGGAUGUCCUGCGAAAACAUUCUGGACCAGAUUGCGUUAGACGACGACAAUACAGAAUUUGCCGAAAACGUUCACGAUCGGUUACAGGACGAUGAGGACCAAACGUAAGACGCCGAGUUUGACGAAUAA